GCUUGAAUUGCCUUCAUAGACCUUUCAUUACGCCGUUCUCUUUGUAGUCCAACUGGAUAAGCACAGAUUUCUGGACGCGAAAGGGAAUCGGGACUACGGAAACCAGUCAGCCUGGUUCUCCUUCUCAGCAAUGCUAUCCUUCUUCUCUACCAUCACGUCCAUGUGUGCCAAUUUCAUCCUUAUUGUUCGGACUUCUCGUGAAUUGGGCCACCCUUUGUUCGCUCUGGCGUGUAUCCUCAAGCCACUGUACGAUAGCUCCUACACCCAUAUCUUAUGGGGCUUCGACUAUUUCUACCACGUGGAGAAUAAGGACUUCAUUCACAUGCAAGCCGUGGCUUCUCUUACUGAAGAAGACCAUCGCUCGGAGGUUCUUGCCGGUGGUCUUUCUGACUAUAUCAUUGCAGAAUAUGCCAAAUCGUCAAACCGAGUCGGCAAUCUUCCAACGGCUCGGCCCGAAAGCCAAUAUGGUCUACCUUCGACACCGUUCCCGGAUAUUCUAUCUGCUCUUCUGGGAAGGGCGCCCAUCAUGUAUCUGGCUUUGUUCGCCAUUGUUAAUCCAUCAGUGUUCUCUGUGACGACAUUCGCCAUUUUGCAGCAAUAUUCAGCGAACCUCCAAUUGUCGUUGAAGUUUCUUCUCAAUGGAAUUAGGCAAUUCAGACAUGAGUGCCAGCAGAUAACUAGCUUGUACGAUUCAUUGAAGAUGCCCGCAGCACUAUCCGACGGUUACCUCGCGUAUCCACCGCGCUCAGGAUCCAAAUCUGAGAAAGUGCAAUCGGAGGUUUCACGAGGGAUGUCCUUCGAUGUACGAGAAGUGUGCUUUUCCUACCCCAACGGAACCUCUGCUUUGACAAACGUCUCACUCUCCAUCAAGUCUGGGCAGCUCGUCGCCAUAGUCGGAACCAACGGCAGUGGAAAGUCUACUCUGAUGAAGCUCUUGACUAGGAUGGUCGAACCGACAUCAGGAACCAUUCUUGUCGACGGGAAUAACAUGGCGGACUACAGGCUAUCGGAUUUUCGACAAGCAACUGCCAGCUUUAUGCAAGACCACGGAAUCUUCCCUCUGUCUUUCUUGGAGAACAUAUGUAUGGGCAAUGUAGAUGCUGUUGGCUGCGACGACGACGAGGUCAUGGACGCUGUCCGCAAGGGAGGCGCCGAAGACAUUUUGACCGGUCUGGCUGAAGGACAAGAUACUGUGCUUGGUGGACCUAAUGACUACCGGUUUGGCGCAUUCUCUAUGAACGAAGAUGAUGAUGACGACGACGACAAGAAACCAAAUCCAUUGCUUGCUAGAUGGGAAGGACUUCCGCAGGCCGUCCUAACAUCAGGUGGAGAGAAGCAAAGGAUCAUUGCCGCUCGCACUUUUAUGCGCUUCAACUCUGGAAAGGUCAGCUUCGUAGCUGUGGACGAAGCGAGCUCAGCGAUCGAUGCCGCGGGGGAGAUGCAACUUUUCGAUAAUCUGAUCAAAGAAAGGAAAGCGAAAACGUUGGUCAUCGUAACCCACCGUUUCGGUCCCGUAACACGUCAGGCUGAUCUCAUAUUGUGUAUGAAAGACGGGACUUUAUGCGAGUCUGGACGACAUGACGAACUCCUUGCAUUGGGUGGAGAGUACGCCAAACUAUAUACCAUACAGGCUGGCGCCUUUACCACUGUCGACGUUGAUGGAGACUCGAACGCCUGAGUUUAGUUAUGCACGGAUUUUUAAGUUCGAAACUUGUCGUCCCCGUGGUCCAUUGUCCGUAUACAUGAAGGAGGUGCUCGUACCAAGCUGGCUGGAGUAUUUAGACUAGGCUGAUGAAUGGACGGGAGACGGUUCACUGUCGGCCCAUGUUUCGCACUCUUUUCUUCUCUAAAACUCGG